AUGGCACAGUGGGAUGACUUUCCUGAUCAGCAGGAGGACACCGACAGCUGUACAGAGUCUGUGAAGUUCGAUGCCCGCUCAAUGACAGCUUUGCUUCCUCCCAAUCCUAAAAAUGGCCCAGCUCUUCAAGAGAGGAUGAAGUCUUAUAAAGCUGCACUGAUCACCCUUUAUCUCAUUGUGUUUGUUGUUCUCGUGCCCAUCAUUGGCAUAGUGGCAGCUCAGCUCCUGAGAUGGGAAAUGAAGAAUUGCACAGUUGGUUCAGUUAAUGCAGAUAUAUCUCCAAGUCUGGAAGGCAGAGGAAAUGGCAGUGAAGAUGAAAUGAGAUUUCGAGAAGUCAUGAUGGAACGCAUGAGCAACAUGGAAAAGAGAAUCCAGUAUCUUUCAGACAAUGAAGCCAAUCUCCUAGAUUCUAAGAAUUUCCAGAAUUUCAGCAUAACAACUGAUCAGAGAUUUAACGAUGUUCUUUUCCAGCUAAAUUCCUUACUUUCCUCCAUCCAGGGACAUGAGAAUAUCAUAGGUGAUAUCUCCAAGUCAUUAGUAGGUCUGAACACCACAUUACUUGAUUUGCAGCUCAGUAUUGAAACACUGACUGGCAGAGUUCAGGAGCGUGCAUUUAAACAACAAGAGGAGAUGCGUAAAUUAGAGGAGCGUGUGUACAAUGCAUCAGCAGAAAUUAAGUCUCUAGAUGAAAAACAAGUGCAUUUGGAACAGGAAAUAAAAGGGGAAGUGAAACUGUUGAAUAAUAUCACUAAUGAUUUGAGGCUGAAAGAUUGGGAACAUUCUCAGACAUUGAAAAAUAUCACUUUAUUCCAAGGUCCUCCUGGACCUCCAGGAGAAAAAGGAGAUAGAGGCCCUGCUGGAGACAUUGGUCUACCAGGCAUCCCAGGUCCAAUAGGUCCUCCAGGUCUUAAAGGUGAUCGGGGGCUCUUUGGUUUUCCUGGAAGUCGAGGAUUCCCAGGACCAGCGGGGAAGACCGGGAAGCCAGGAAUUAAUGGACAAAAAGGCCAGAAGGGAGAAAAAGGGAGUGGGAGCAUGCAAAGACUCUCUAAUACAGUCCGAUUGGUGGGUGGCAGCGGCCCUCACGAAGGCAGAGUGGAGAUUUUCCACGAAGGCCAGUGGGGUACGGUGUGUGACGACCGCUGGGAACUGCGUGGAGGACUGGUCGUCUGUAGGAGUUUGGGAUACAAAGGUGUUCAAAGUGUGCAUAAGGGAGCUUAUUUUGGAAAAGGUACAGGUCCAAUAUGGCUGAAUGAAGUAUUUUGUUUUGGGAAAGAGUCAUCCAUUGAAGAGUGCAGAAUUAGACAGUGGGGUGUGAGAGUCUGUUCGCACGACGAAGAUGCUGGGGUCACUUGCACUACAUAA